GCGCCAUCUGGUGAACAAUUUUUCCCAGUUUGCUGAUUCACGAUCUUGGAACGGAACCCUCGAAUUUUAAUUUGGGCCUCCCAUUUUCGGAAGAUUCUUCGAGAUGACAUCGUAUCCAAAGUUCCGUAAGGACGAAGGGGCAGUCGAUGAGUACCAUGGUCAGAAGGUGGCUGACCCAUACGUGUGGAUGGAAGACCCAGAUAGUGAGGAGACAAAGGCCUUUGUUGAUGCACAGAACAACAUCACAAUGCCAUUCCUAGAGAAGAUGGAUGUUAGACAACCAUUUCAUGAUAGAUUGAAGGGGUUAUGGGACUUUCCCAAGUAUGGAUGUCCAUUCAAGCGCGGAUCACGUUACUUCUACUUUUACAACACCGGUCUCCAAAACCAAAGUGUGAUGUAUGUACAGGACUCCUUAGAAGCAGAAGCCCAGGUAUUCCUUGACCCAAACAAGCUCUCGGAGGAUGGUACUGUAGCCUUGAGAGGGCGGGCUUUCUCAGAAGAUGGAGAAUACUUUGCUUAUGGACUAAGUAAGAGUGGCUCUGAUUGGGUUACUAUCAAGGCAAUGAAAGUGGAUGGAGCUCAGCAACUUCCUGAUACCCUGGAGAGAGUCAAGUUUAGUAACAUUGCAUGGACACAUGAUAACAAAGGCUUCUUCUACAGCAGGUUUCCAGAUUCUGAUAACAAGGCUGAUGGUACGGAAACAUCAACUAACGUCAAUCAGAAGUUGUACUAUCACGUUCUUGGUAACGACCAAUCACAGGAUGUCAUGUGUGCAGAGUUUCCCGAUAACCCAAAAUGGAUUGUAGGAGCUGAAGUGAGUGAUGAUGGAAGAUAUUUUCUUCUGACCAUCUCAGAGGGAUGUGAUCCGGUCAACAGACUCUACUACUGUGACAGAGAAUCCCUACAGGAUGGGAUAAAUGGUGUUCUUCCAUGGGUGAAGCUUGUAGAUAAUUUUGAUGCUGAAUAUGAAUACAUCACCAACGAAGGAACACUCUUUACAUUCAAGACCAAUCUAAAGGCACCCAAAUACAAACUCAUCAACAUUGACUUUACUAAACCCGACAUGGAGAAUUGGAAAGAUCUUGUUUGUGAGUCUGAGACUGAUGUUCUUGAAUGGGCAGCAUGUGUCAAUCAAACUAAACUUGUUCUAUGCUAUCUACAUGAUGUAAAGAACAUCCUCCAACUGAAUGAGCUAUCAUCGGGACAGAAUGUCACUACGUUUCCUCUCGAUGUUGGGACAAUUACAGGAUACUCAGGACGGAAGAAGGACACCGCAAUUUUCUACCAAUUCACCUCGUUCCUUACACCUGGUAUUAUUUACCAUUGUGACCUCACUGCCACGACCCUUGACCCUUCAGUCUUCAGACAGAUAGAGGUCAAAGGUUUUGAUCCAAGUGCCUUUGAAACGACCCAGGUGUUCUAUACUAGCAAAGAUGGUACCAAAAUACCCAUGUUCAUAGUACACAAGAAGGGAUUAGAGAAGACUGGAGAUCAUCCUGUUCUUCUCUAUGGCUAUGGUGGCUUCAAUAUAUCCAUCACUCCAAGUUUCAGCGUAUCUAGAAUUGUAUUCAUACAGAACCUAGGAGGUGUUCUAGCUGUACCCAAUAUACGAGGGGGAGGAGAGUAUGGAGAGACCUGGCAUAAAGGAGGCAUGUUAGCAAACAAGCAGAAUGUUUUUGAUGACUUCCAGUGGGCUGCCAAAUACCUCAUUGACAACAAGUAUACUUCACCACAGAAGAUUGCAAUCAAUGGUGGAUCCAAUGGAGGACUUCUUGUAGGAGCGUGCAGUAAUCAAGCUCCAGAGCUUUUUGGUUGCGUCAUAUGCCAAGUUGGGGUGAUGGACAUGUUAAAAUUCCACAAGUUUACAAUUGGUCAUGCUUGGACUACAGACUUUGGCUGUUCUGAUAAGAAGGAAGAAUAUGAUUGGCUUAUCAAGUACUCCCCUCUUCACAACAUCAAAUGUCCCGAGGGUAACACCCAAUAUCCCAGCAUCCUGUUGUUGACAGGUGACCAUGACGACCGUGUAUCUCCACUCCAUUCCCUCAAAUACAUCGCUACUCUUCAAGAGAUAGUUGGAUCAUCUGAGAAACAGAAGAACCCUCUUAUGAUCCGCAUUGAUACCAAGUCUGGCCAUGGCUUUGGCAAACCAACAGAGAAAGUGAUUGAGGAAUAUUCAGACAUAUAUGCCUUCAUUGCAACCUCUGUCAGUGCUACCUGGAGAGAUUAAAGAUGUUUCAUAUGUACUGUCACAUUUACAUUGGCCAAGCCUCAAGAUGUAAUCAAAGUGUGUGUAUAUGUGUUGUUGACCUAUAUGAUAUCAAAGUGUCACAAAUUCCAUUUUCCCGGCAGUGCCUACCACAUAAAGUGAAUCUUAAUGUGCAAAUGGUAAAGAACACUUCUGUGUAAUGGAAACUCAUGUUAGAUGUUUAGUAUUGACUGUAAGAUAGAGUAUUUUUGUGACAUAUUGGCUGUGGAUCAGGGUAAGCAAAUUUUUCUGUUUUGUUUUCUCAAUGCUUGGAGUGUGUACUGAAUGAACAACCGGAGACCAUUUCUUUUAGUCCUUCAUAUAUUUUAGAUAUACUUGGAUGUGUAUAGUGCCUUUCUGGAUGUACAUGUAGGUUGCUUUCUAAAUCAUAAAAAAGAAUCAUCCAGCCAUCAAACACAUGUUUGUUUGUUUUUACAAGUGAAAAACAAAGUCUUUCGUCUGAGUCUUAUGAAAAGUAAUGUGUUUGUAAAAGUUGUUGGGCCCGUUUCAUAAAGACUUACAAUUAUCAUAACUUCCUUUAUUUUGAUUGGCUGCGGAGCCUUGUACCAUGGUAGUUAACACAAUGGCAUAUUUACCAUAAUCCUAUAAAGUCCUUUAUGCAUUGGGCCCCCGUAUCCCUAUCCCAUCCCAAUUAGUACACAAGGUUGAUGAAUAAUGUUUGUUUCUUUUUCAAAAGUGUUGAUAUAAGAAUAUCCUGUGCUCAGAUUGAUUUUCUUACAAAUCUGAAGGUAAAUUGCCAAUUUGUCUACUUCCAGCUCGUCUACUCACCACAUGGUCUACUUUCAUUUAGUCUAAUGCCAUUCCAUCAAUCAACAUUUUGUUUAACAGCCAUUUGGUCCAAUCAUCAGUUCGUCUAAUCACCAUUUCGUCUAUGACCAUUUCGUCUCAUUACCAGUUGGUCUAAUAUCCAUUUAAUUUUCAUUCAUUUUGCACAAUUAACACUUAGUCCAAUUAGACCAAAUGGUAUAUGGACUUAAUGGCUAUUAGACCAACUGGUUAUUAGACAAAAUGCUAAGUGGACGAAUUGGCAAUUACAUGUAGACCAUGUGGAUAGUGGACGAACCGAUGGAAAACUAAAUGAUAGUAGAGGAGUUGGCAAUUGGACGAAUUGGCAUUAGACAAAUUGGAAAUAAACCAAUCUCAAGACUACAUCACAUUUACUUCUAAAUUUAAUUGUUUACAUUAGUUCAAGGCCCUGUACUGUUUUGAUAUUGUUUCAGUUACUGUAUAUAUUCCAUGCUUUCUCAUUGUUAUAAUUUCUUUCUCCGCCGGAAUAUUGAAUUUGUACAUUAUUGUCAAUCUACAGAUGCUCAUUGCUGGAGGGAUUGAUGGAUUCAUUUACACUAAACAUUCCUUGUAUUAUGCUUUGGGUGAAAACACAUGUAGUAGUGCAAUUAAUUGAAAUCAUUGUAAAAUGUGUUAGCAUGAAUGAUGAGAAAAAUCUUCUCUCCAGUUAAAGGUAAAUGCUAGUUUUGGUAACGAUCUCAAAAUGAGUUCGUACAGAAUCCAAUGAAAUGACCACCAAAGUGUCUGUUUGUAUAAAUAAAACGCAUGUGCCAAAGGAUUCUGGAAGAAAUUGUGUAAUUGCUGAGAAAUCAGCAAAUAAGCACAGGAUUCGGGUAGAGCGUCGGGCCCGACGCUCAAAGCAAUAAUUAUACACUGUCCCACGUGCGCUUAUCUGUGUUGGGGAAGUUCAGUCUGAACAUUUUUCAGCGUAGAUUUCAAGAUUUCACAAAGUUCAGUUUAUGUAACUGUACCAGAUCUAGAUCCUCGAUGAUAUACUGACAAUUAAGCCUGGUUUUACAGACUUUCUCAUGAAAUCAGUGUUUACUGCAACUACUGGAAUGUUCCACUUUCUUGUCAUGUGCACACCAUGGAAGCAUUUCAUGAAGGAAUUUAUAAUUAAUUUCGCUGUUAUAAGCUACUGACAUCAGUGCAUCUCAUUGGCCAAAAGCAACAUUUUCAGUGAAAAUUGCUUACAGGACCAUCAUGAAACACUCCCUUGAUUAAGUUUUCACCAAAGUUAUCGUGUUCUGUUUGCAAUUAUAUUAGCCUUGUACAAAAAACAUGUAAUUGAAUUGAACACAGUGAAAUCUACUACUCAUUUACCAAUACUUCAUACAAAAAUCUUUUGGUUAACAUAUGAAUGUCUGACAAGUUUAUUAUUGUAACAGGAAUUAUUGAAUUUGAAUUUCAUUUGUUCCACUUUUAAUACAAAUAACAUAUAUGUAACAAAUAUAUUCAUAAACAUAGUGUAUCGAUAUUAAUUUAACUAUUUAGCAUAAAAAAACCAUUUAAGAUAAGGUACACUACAGAAUGUUAUAAAGGAGCCUAAAUAAAAAGCAGAGCUUCAUCACAAUGAUGCAAUUAUGAGAUUCUCCAACCAGGAAUACACAUCUAGUUAAUUUCAUGCUUUUGAUAUAAUAAAAUAUCAAUUCAAAGGGUAGUAAAAGUAUAGUGACUAAUUUGGACACCUUUAGUAUACCUCAAUUGUAAAAGGGCUGUAUAAUAGCUAUAAAUAAUGACUGGAUCCAAGACUGAUUGUUUAAACUAUUGUUUAAAUCAAGUACAGUGCAAUGGGUGGGGGCAAGGGAGCAACAACCACCCUGUAUGUUUUUUCAGGUAGAGAAAAAAUUGAGAGGAAGAAGAAAGUAGAUUAUAAACAAAUGUCUGGGUCAUGUAAUUCUGUCCAUGCACCAAUUAGUCACUAAUGAAUAAAAUAAUGUCACAAUUUAAAAAAGGUCAUAUCGCCUCCCCCUUAUCAAAAUACCUUGAAUCGUUCUUGACCUAAAUAUCCAAUUUGAUGUGUGUAUCAUUGGUAAAUAUGUAAACAAGCAGUAAGAAAAUAAUAUGAAGCAUUACUACAUUAUGCUUGUAUUUAUGAAGGGUUAACAAUGCUUUAAAACAAUGAAUUUGAAUUUCAUUCCUGUUAAAUGCAGGAAAAUGUAGUUGCAAUGGUCAAUAAAUAUCUGACACAUUUUUGUUUGUUUUUGUAAA